UGUUCAAUCUUUUUUCUACAAACAGCAAAAAUGGAGCCUCCGGCGAAAAAAUCGCGCAUGCUGCUAGAUGAUAGCAACUCGGAUGAUUCUGGAGAUGAAUCUGGUGGUGUUACACUGAAUACUUCCGGCGACAAGGACUUCAAGAUCAAGGUCAACGAAGAUUACGCCCGCCGCUUUGAGUACAACAAGAAGAGAGAAGAACUGGCGAAGCUGGAGGCGAAACACGGAAGUGCUGCUCACGAGGAAUCUGAAGAGGAUUCCGAAGAUGGUGUGGAAGAAGAUGACGAGGCCGAGCUAGCUACUGAAGCCCUUGAUGCGGAAAUCAUGGAUACAUUGAACGCGAUCCGAUCGAAAGACCCUCGUGUAUACGACGCCAAUGCGACCUUCUACCACGAGGGAGAAGAAGACGGCCAGCCUGGCAGCUCAGACAAGAAAGAAAAGCCCAUGACGCUACGAGACUACCAUCGGAAAACGCUCCUCAGUGGUGCUCAUCUGGCGGAUGAAGAUGAGGAUGCGCCCAAGACCUACGCCCAGGAACAGGAAGACCUGAAGAUGGCGAUCGUGAAAGAGAUGCAUGCUUCCGGCGAUCAGGAAGCGUCGGAGGAUGACGAGGAAUCUGAUGAGGACAACCUCUUGGUCGCCAAGUCGGCCCCCGAACGUCCCUCGACGUCCAAAGCUGAUGUCAAGCUCGAUGUUGAGAACGCGGACAAAGACCCCGAAUCUUUCCUGUCGAAUUUUAUGUCUGCCAGAGCCUGGCUCCCGACCAAUCGAUCGGAGCUGAAGCCUUUCGAUUCUGACGACGAGGAAGAAGAGCAGCGCGCCGAAGUCUUCGAAGAGGCAUACAACUUCCGCUUCGAAGACCCCAGCAAGAUGAACACGGUAUUGAUCACGCACUCCCGUGAUGCAAUCAACCAGCAGACCGUCCGCCGGGAUGAGAAGAGCGGCCGGAAGAAGAUCCGCGACCUCGAGCGCCAGCGGAAGGAAGAAGAAAAGAAGCAGCGCGAGACCGAAAAGAACCGGUUGCGAAAGCUGAAGGCGGAGGAAUUACAGAACAAGGUCAACAAGAUCAAGGAAGUGGCCGGCAUCCGUGCGUCCAAGUUCACGGACGACGACUGGACCAAGUUCCUGGAUGGCUCCUGGGAUGACAAGGACUGGGAGAAAGAAAUGCAGAAGCGCUUCGGCGACGACUACUACGCCGAAGGCGACGGGAUCGGGAGCGACGAGGAGGGAGGCAAAAAACGGAAACACCCGAAGAAGCCGACCUGGGACGACGACAUUGACAUCAAAGACCUGGUGCCUGACUUCGAGGACGAUGAGAAGCCGACUGCAGGCUUGUCUGACGUCGAGAUGGGCGAUGACGACAACGAUGACUCCCCCCAGAAGAGCAAGGCCCAGGAGCGGCGUGAUGCGAAACGGGAAGCCCGUAAGGACAAGCUUCGCAUUGAGGAGGCGCUCGACCGCACUCUCGACCUAGACAUCACUCUCCUUCCCGGUGCGACGAAGAAGAACGCCACUCGUUUCCGCUACCGCGAGACAUCUCCCGAGAGUUUCGGGCUGACGGCGCGCGACAUUCUCAUGGCGAACGAUCACGACUUGAACAAAUACGCCGGGUUGAAGAAGCUUGCUUCGUUCCGCGAAGAGGAGAAGAAGCGUAAGGAUCAUAAGAACCUGGGCAAGAAAGCUCGACUGAGGCAAUGGCGCAACGAUACGUUCGGUAGCGAAGCCGAGCCCGAAUGGCGCGUUGGCGAGGCCAAGGCUGCCGAGGAUGCGCAGGAGGAGACGACCGAAGGCAAGGUUGAUAUUCGCGGGGAUGAUGGAGAGCCACGGAAGAAGAAGAGAAAGAGGUCCAAGAAGAAUUAAUGAUUGUGUUUGUAUAAAAGUGUGAUGGGCUAGUGCAUGUAUACCAGGCCGUU